CGAUAUACUUUUAGCGUAACUACCUGCUGAUUGGUGCAAAAGUGCUGUUUUGUUUUCGUCGAAAAUUAAAUAUUACCAUUUUAUUUUUAGCGUGCAUUCAGCCUACAUUCUCGAGCUCUAAUGAACGAAUCUGAUAGUGAAGAUUUUGUUACUGUUAAGUUACUAUUUUUCGCUAAAGCACGAGAUCUCGCUGGUGUAGAUUCCACUUCGUUGGUUCUGAAACGUCGAAUAUCUGCAUCUGAAAUUUCGGAACAGAUCUGCUUAAACUACAAUUUAGAUUCUAUUAAAAAUAAUUUUAUAAUUGCAAUCAAUGAGGCAUAUUGUGAAAAUUUGUUGGAAAGUUUAGAACUGCGCGAAGGUGACGAAAUCGCAAUUAUCCCACCCAUUAGUGGGGGCUAGCAGCACAAUGGCAAAUUUUUUACUGAUAACCCGAGAGCCUCUUGACGUGGGUGCGAUAAGCACUUUGGUAUCGCAUGAGAAGUGUGGUGCGAUUUCGUUAUUUGUAGGAACUACUCGGAAUUCUUUUGAAGGUAAAACG